GAGACUUGAAUAUAGAGUGACUUCACCCUUUCAAUCUGACCAAAAACUAGAACAGUAUUGGUACUUAUAAUGGUUCAGAUCACUGAUACUAGCAAUGAAAAUCUGGAACAAAGUUCAUCACUGAAGAAAAGAGCUCGUAGUCCAAGUGAUUUGGAUAUGUACAACAGACCUCCUGCCAAAACUCCAACAUUUGACAGAGAAAUCCCCAAAAGUGUUGCAUUUGUUGAUUUACAAAAGUUAGAAUAUGCAACAAGAACUUUGCAAAAAAAUGUUGAGACAGUGCUAGAAUUAGCACCGGAUGUAUUGCUGUUGAAGAGCUUGAUAGAUGCCCCAAAUCUCAACCAGGGAAUAAAAAUGGAGUUGAAGCAAAAUGACUUGAUUGAAAUGGCUUCCAAAUUACAAUCCAGAUACAAAAUUGGUACUUUGCCUAUUUUGGAUGAAAUAACUCUGGGUAAGAUCAAUUUUAACGAUAAGGAUAUGAAGAAGUUGAAAAAAUGUGAUCCAAAUACACAAAAUAUUCAAGUAGAAGUCCCAGUAACUCCUAUGACAGAUGAAAUUGCCCCCAGAGGAAUCAAUAAUACUUUACCACCAUUACCACAGAUCAGAGAUCCUGCAUUGUAUGAAAGAGUUUUUAUUCACAAGUCUUAUGUAAACAGUAAAUCAUACAUGAAUUCUGAAAAAUUGAUCAAUAAUCAUAAUGAAAGAUUAGAAUUCAUUGGCGAUGCUAUAUUGAACACAUUAGCCACUAUGAUCAUCUAUAAGGAAUUUCCAACUGCAACUGAAGGUCAGUUAUCCCAAAUUAGAGCCGAUUUGGUCAAUAAUAAAACAUUGUGCCAAUUCUCCCUUCAAUAUGGACUUGAUAAGAAAUUACGUGCUAGAAUCGAAGAUUCAGUUUUGAAAUCAGGUGAUCAAAAGAUUUAUGCUGAUAUCUUCGAAGCUUACAUAGGGGCAGUAUCCACUGAACGUGGAUUGGAUUUAUCGGAAGUGAAAAACUGGUUGCAUAAGUUGUAUCAAGAAAGAUUGAGAAAACUUAGAGUCUUGUAUAUUUCCGAGCCUAUCAAUAGAGAUGCCAAGUCCAAGUUGUACUCCACUAUUGGAAUGGCCGAUGCAUAUCCUCAAUACGAGACUAUUCAACAAGGUGAUGGAGUAAAGGUUGAUUGCAUUGUCCAUUGUGUUAUGAAAGGUGAAGUCAUUGGUGUGGGACAAGCACCUAGUUCCAAGGAUGCAAGUUUGAGGGCAGCAAUGGACGCACUAAGGAAUAAGGAAAAGCUUGAAAAGUAUUUCUUGCAACGUAAAAUGAUAGAUCGUCCAGCAAAACAAGGUCGUAAAGAAGAUAAAGCAAGCAAAGAAUCGACUCCAAUCAAACAAAGCUCUGAAGGCAACACUUCAUUUGAUAUGUCACUUUUCCCAGUUAAAGUAGAUGAAUCGGAACCAAUUGAUACAUCAGCUACCAAUAGAUUAUACUCAGAAAUAGGUCAAAGAAUAGGAUCUCAUCCUGAGUAUAUCAUCAACAAAGGUGAAAAAAAUCAACAAAUAGUAACCUUGAAAAUUAGAGGAGUAGAAGUUGCUGUCGCAUCCGACUUAUCUAAAAAGAAAGCAAUGCGUCGAGCUGCCAAGGCACUCUUAGAUAACCAAAAGGCAUUAGAUGAAAUAUGUAAAGCUGCUUGAAAUAUUUCAUGUAUAGAAAAUAAAGAGAUUUCAUCGUAAAUAAAUGUACAUUGUGCAA